AGAGUUCAGUAGCUACAAGGAACCGUUAAUCCGGUCAACGUCAAACCACGGUUCAAAGACGGUCCAGUUUUGAAAUCUCAUUUUUUUUGCAUUGCAUUGGAGCAGGAUAAUUGAAGCGCCCAGUGAGUGAGUGUGUUUUGCUCCGUGAAGGGUUUUCGCUGUUUCUCUGAACAUGGCAAUCGAAUCCUUGGAUUUGUUCCGUUCCAAUCUCUCUCGAGUUCGGAUUCCACAACCUACCAAUCGCAUCUUCAAGCACGAAUGCUGCGUUUCUUUCGAUACUCCGAGAUCAGAAGGUGGUUUGUUCAUCGACUUGUACACUUUCCUUGCUUUUGGGAAGGAUUUUGUUGAUUGGAAUUAUAAGAAGACAGGAAAUCCUGUCUAUUUGCAUAUAAAGCAGACAAAGAAGUUAAUUUCAGAAGACAGACCAUUAAAGAAGCCCACUAUCUUGGCUAUAGGUGUUGAUGGUGGUUUUGAUAACAAUGAGCCUGAAUAUGAGGAAAAUCAUAGUAUAGUCAUAUUACCUGAGUAUGUGUCCCUUCCAUUCCCCUCUGUGGAAUUGCCAGAGAAGGUGAGGUUGGCAGUUGAUACAAUCUUGUUAUCUGAGGGUGCCGAACGAAAGGAGCAACUUGCAGCUUGGACUGCUGAUAAGAAACAAGUUAGUGCCUAUGCGAUGACUUUACAACAGAUUGACAAUGGUGUUGUUAUUCCACCCAGAGGGUGGAAAUGUGCUAAAUGUGAGAAGACUGACAAUCUUUGGCUAAAUUUGACUGAUGGAAUGAUUCUUUGUGGGAGGAAAAACUGGGAUGGAAGUGGUGGAAACAACCAUGCUAUUGAGCAUUACCAGAAAACAAGCUACCCCCUUGCUGUAAAGCUUGGGACUAUCGCUGCAGAUCUGGAAGCAGCAGAUGUUUUCUCGUAUCCAGAGGAUGAAAGUGUCUUGGAUCCACAAUUAGCCCAGCAUCUGGCAUUUUUUGGCAUUGACUUUUCAUCACUACAAAAGACUGAAAUGACAACUGCUGAAAGAGAACUUGAUCAAAAUACAAAUUUUGAUUGGAAUCGGAUCCAAGAAAGUGGACAAGAAGUAGAUCCAAUUUUUGGACCUGGAUAUACAGGAUUGGUCAAUAUUGGAAACAGUUGUUAUAUGGCUGCAACUAUGCAAGUUGUGUUUUCAACAAGAUCCUUCAUAUCACGGUACUACUUGAACCAAAGUCUAAAGAAGGCAUUUGAGGUGUCUCCUGCCGAUCCAACUGUAGACCUAAAUAUGCAGUUGACAAAAUUGGCUCAUGGUUUACUUUCUGGUAAAUAUUCUGUUCCGGCAUUUGAGAUCGAUGAAAAAGAAGAUGUUGCUACUUCAACUACAACUGCUAAACAAGAAGGGAUACGCCCACGUAUGUUCAAAUCUGUAAUUGCUGCCAGCCAUCCUGAAUUUUCCUCUACGCGACAACAGGAUGCUUUAGAGUUUUUCCUGCAUUUUCUUGAGCAAGUUGAACGAGCUCACGCUGGGAAAACUGAACUGGAUCCAUCGAGGAGUUUCAAGUUUGGUAUUGAAGAUAGAAUUUUGUGUUCAUCUGGAAAAGUUACAUAUAAUAGAAGGCAUGACUACAUUCUUUCUCUCAAUAUCCCAUUAAAUGAAGCAACUAACCAAGAAGAAUUAGAAUCCUUUCACAAACUGAAAGCAGAGAAACUUGCAGAAGGAAAAGAAAUAAAUGGUGAUGAGAUUGUGCGUCCUAGGGUGCCUUUAGAAGCUUGCCUUACAAACUUCUCAGGUCCAGAGGAGAUACAUGACUUUUACAGUACUGCUUUGAAGGCAAAGACAACUGCACAGAAGACUGCAGGUCUGAUCUCGUUUCCUGAUUAUCUGGUGUUACAUAUGCGGAGAUUUGUUAUGGAGACAGGAUGGGUACCCAACAAGCUUGAUGUGUAUAUUGAUGUUCCUGAUAUCAUAGACAUCAGUCAUAUGCGCAGCAAAGGUCACCAGUCUGGAGAAGAGCUGUUACCAGAUGGGGUAUCUGAUGAGGAGGAUUCAAACAAAAUUUUGCCCAAUGAAGAAAUUGUCUCACAGCUGGUUUCCAUGGGCUUUAAUCAUCUGCAUUGUCAGAAAGCUGCCAUAAAUACAUCAAAUGUUGGAGUGGAAGAGGCAAUGAAUUGGUUACUAUCUCACAUGGAUGAUCCAGAUAUUGACAUUCCUAUUUCCAAAGGCAAUGGCUCUGAAACUUCAACUAUUGUUGAACAAUCGAAAGUUGACACCCUAAUGUCGUUUGGAUUUGAAGAAGAAAUUGCUAGAAAGGCACUGAAGGCAUCGGGUGGUGACAUUGAGAAAGCAACAGAUUGGAUAUUUAACAAUCUUGAUGCAUCAGUCUCCAGUAUGGAUGGUGCCACGUCAAACGCUGCUUCCCCUCCCAGUGAUGUUGACCUACCUGAUGGUGGCGGGAGAUAUCGCCUUCUUGGUAUUGUAAGCCACAGUGGAAGCUCUACGCAGUGUGGUCACUAUGUUGCUCACGUUUUAAAAGAUGGUAGAUGGGUUAUUUUCAACGACAACAAGGUUGGGGCUUCCAUUAAUCCUCCGAAGGAAAUGGGCUAUCUUUAUUUCUUCGAGAGGCUUGAUUAAAUAUAGUGUGUCAGGCGUUGAACAAGGUGAACAUUUCAAUCAUGAAGAGGCGCAGGACGUUUUAGAAUGGCACUAACAAGCCACCUACUUCUGCUGACGUGAUAAUUGCUACCCUUGUCUUAUUAGCAUGGUGAACAAUCCUAUAAUUGGCUGGAUCUUCUUUUCUUGCUUGUCAGCAUUAAUGAAGCGUUUUGGAACGUUAUUUAUCAUUCAUCUUCUAGAAAUUGGUUGCAUGUUCUUAGGAAUUCAGAUAACAAUAGAGUAACGAAUGAUCAGUUUUAGGAAUUCAAACAGUACAGCAACGAGCGAUCAGUUUUGGUGAAUGUUAUGCAGUUUCAAACAAUAGCAAGCGUAUUGGUCGCGCCCAAUUGUCAUAUGAUCAAUCAG